ACUAAAAAUCGUUUACAGUUUCUUCAGUGCAGCCAAAGUGAAACACGGAAAGCUACGGAGCGCACGAGGUAGCAUUAGCUCAUCUCAGAAGGUAGUUUGAAAACAGGUUUGGUGUUUUCGGUAAAAAUGUCUUCAGUUCAGCCUCAGAGAGAGUUUAUGAACGAGCAGGUAACUCCUGCUGAAGAAACAUUCACAGAGUUGAAAGAAAUCAACGUUAAGAUCGAGGAAGAGAUGGAGGAUCAGCGCAGACUGAUGGAUUUUACUCGGAUACCGAAGAUCAUCUUACACCGGAUAGAUCUCCCACAAUGUUGUGUGUUUAAAGAGGAGGAGGUUUUCAAUGAAACAGAACCACAGAGGAACCAACUCAUCUCUCAUGACUCUCCAGAAACUGAGAGCCAGGAUCAGGAAGGAAGCAAUUCUGAAGACCAAGGAAAAAAGAGAAAGGAAGAACAGAAACAAAAGGAGAAAUAUGAGAAAACCAAAGAGCAGAAUGGAAGAACUGAUGCUAAAAAACAAAAAAAGCACAAGAAAGCUCACGCAGAGCAAAAAUUAUAUUCAUGUAAAAUUUGUGAUAAAACCUUUUCUGAAAAGAAUAAUUUGAUGAGACACAUAACUCACACAGGAGUGAAACCUUUCACUUGUUCAACCUGUGGGAAAAGUUACAGACAAAAACAUGGUUUAAUUUAUCACAUGAGAAUUCACACAGGUGAAAAACUGGCCGUGUGUGUGACCUGUGGAAAAGGUUUCCAUGACACCAACAAUUUAAAGAGACACAUGAGAAUUCACACAGGUGAGAAGCCUUUCUCCUGUGGGUCCUGUGGAAAAAGUUACAGUGAAAGAGGGACUUUAACUCAGCACAUGAGAAUUCACACAGGUGAGAAGCCUUUCUCCUGUGGGACUUGUGAAAAAAGUUUCACUCGAAAAGACACUUUAAAUGCUCAUAUGAAAAUUCACACUGGUGAGAAGCCAUUCUCUUGUGGGACCUGUGGAAAGAGUUACAGUGUAAAAAAGCUUUUAACUCAUCACAUGAGAAUUCACACAGGAGAGAAGCCUUUCUCCUGUGUGACCUGUGGAAAAAGUUUUACUCGAAAAGACACUUUAAAUGCUCAUAUGAAAAUUCACACAAAUGAGAAGCCUUUCUCUUGUGGGACCUGUGGAAAAAGUUUUACUCGAAAAGACACUUUAAAUGCUCAUAUGAAAAUUCACACAAAUGAGAAGCCUUUCUCUUGUGGGACUUGUGGAAAGAGUUACAACCAUAGACAGAGUUUAACUCAUCACAUGAGAAUUCACACAUGUGCGAGCCCUUUCUCCUGUGGGACUUGUGGAAAGACUUACAGUAAAAGAAAGUAUUUAACGACUCACAUGAGAAUUCACACAGGGGAGAAACCUUUCUCUUGUGGGACCUGUGGAAAGAGUUACAUUCAAAGACAGAGUUUAACUUAUCACAUCAGAAUUCACACAGUUCAGCCUCAGAGAGAGUUUAUCAACGAGCAGGUAACUCCUGCUGAAGAAACAUUCACAGAGUUCAAAGAAAUCAACGUUAAGAUCGAGGAAGAGAUGGAGGAUCAGCGCAGACUGAUGGAUUUUACUCGGAUACCGAAGAUCAUCUUACACCGGAUAGAUCUCCCACAGUGCUGGGUGUGUAAAGAGGAGGAGGUUCUGAUUGAAUUCACAGAUUGUUCCAAGGAGGAGAACUCCAUUUUAGAACAAGAGGAACCAGAAGCUCCGAAGAUAAAACAAGAGCAAGAGUUCAAAGAGGAAGAGAAGCAACUCUGCAUCAGUCAGGAUGAAGAGCAUCUUGUGCUGAAACAGGAGACUGAUGACAUUUUGGUGAUUCCUCUUAAUGUGCAAAGAAUCCACAAUGAAACAGAACCACAGAGGAACCAACUCAUCUCUCAUGACUCUGCUGAGGAUGAGAACCAGGAUGAGGAAGGAAACAAUUCUGAAGACCCAGGAAAACAGAGAGAUGAAGAACAGAAACAAAAAGAAAGAUGUCAGAAAACCACUGAUUGGAAAAGUAAAACUGACACUUCAAAGCAAAAAACACACAAGGAAACUCAUCAACACCAAAAAUUAUAUUCUUGUAAAAUUUGUGAUAAAAACUUUUCUCAAAGCACAUACCUGACAAAACACAUGAGAAUUCAUUCAGGCAAGAAGCCUUUCACGUGUUCAAUCUGUGGUAAAAGUUACAUUCAAAAGGUCAGUUUAAUUUAUCACAUGAGAAUUCACACAGGUAAAAAACCGUUCACAUGUUCAACCUGUGGAAAAAAUUUUUCUGAAAAAAGUACUUUGAAUGUUCAUAUAAGGACUCACACAGCUGAGGAGAUUUUUUCAUGCAUUAAUUGUGGGAGAAAUUUCAGUAGGCAAUCAGCUUUGAACAAUCAUAUGAAAAUUCACACAGGUGAGAAACCUUACUCAUGUGUCACCUGUGAUAAAAGGUUCAUCAGUAGAUCCAGAUUAAAUCUCCACAUGAUGAUUCACACAGGAGAGAAGCCAUUCUUAUGUGGCACUUGUGGAAAAAGUUUCCGAUUCAAAUCUAAGUUACUUUUUCACAUGAGAAUUCACACAGGUGAGAAGCCUUUCUCAUGUGUGACCUGUGGAAAAAGUUUUGCUGUGAAAGACCAUUUAGAUCAACACAUAAGAUGUCACACAGGCGAGAGGCCUUUCUCGUGUACUAUCUGUGGUAAAAGUUUUACUAAUAGGUCUGGUAUAACUUGUCACAUCAGAACUCACACAGGUGAGAAGCCUUUCACAUGUGUGACCUGUGGAAAACGUUUUGCCCAAAGAACUGGUUUAAGUUAUCACAUCAGAACUCACACAGGUGAGAAGCCUUUCUCUUGUGUGACUUGUGGAAAGAGCUACCCAUCCAAAUCUCGGUUAAAUUGUCAUAGGAGGAGUCACACGACUGAGAGGCGUUUCUCAUGUCUGAGCUGUGAAAAGAAAUUCUUUACUAAAAUUGUUUUAGCCACUCACUUGAGGACUCACAAAGGGGAAAAGCCUUUCUCAUGUGUGACCUGUGCAAAAACCUACAGAGCCAAAUCUCAUUUAAAACGUCACAUGAUGAUUCACACAGGUGAGAAGCCUUUCCCAUGUGAGACAUGUAGAAAAAGUUUUCGAAGCAAAUACGAGUUACUGAGUCACAUGAAGAUUCACACAGGGGAGAAACCUUUCUUGUGUGAGACCUGUGGAAAAAGUUUCCCUGUAAAAGUUUGUUUAGAUCAACAUGUUAGAGGUCAUACAGGUGAGAGGCCUUUCACGUGUACUACCUGUGGAAAAAGUUACAUUGCAAGAAGCAGUUUAGUUUAUCACAUGAGGAUUCACACAGGUGAAAAGCCUUUCUCUUGUGUGACCUGUGGAAAAAGUUUUCGGUGCAAAUCUCAGUUAACUAGUCAUAUGGUGGCUCACAUGAGUGAGAAACCUUUCUCAUGUACAAGUUGUGAAAAAAGUUUUUUAAAUAAAAUUAGUUUAACAUGUCACAUGAGGACUCACACAGGUGAAAACCCCUUUUCUUGUGUGAAUUGUGGGAAAAGCUAUCAAAGCAGAACUAAUUUAAAUCGUCACAUGAGAACUCAUACAGGUGAAAAGCCUUUUACUUGUGUGACUUGUGGAAAAAGCUUCCAUAGCAAAUUUAGUUUAAAUCGUCACAUGACGAUUCACAAGUGAGGAGCCUUUCUCAUGUGUGACCCGUGGAAAAAGUUUCACUCAUAAAAUGAAGCUUAACUGUUCAUUAAAGAACAGCAUAAUGUGAACCUCCAUGACAUUUUUUUAUUUUAAGACAGCUAUUAAUCAAGUAUUUUUUUUAAAAUGAUGUAUUUUUAGAAGUGAUAUUUGUAGUGUAGUAUUCAGUGUACAUUAUUAUACAUUGAAUAUAGACGUAUCUCAGUAAUCUAUAAGAAAGACUACACUAAAAGCAUGAAGAUAUGGUGUUAUACAUUGUGGAGCAAAAGUCUAAUAAACAGAAACUGUUAAACAUGCACAACACCCACAUUUCUGUAUUACAUUUGUUUGUUUUUUUGUUACCCCUCCAGGGGGUGUUUUGUGGGCUCUAGUGUCUGUUAUAUGAAAGUAGGCUGACGGGGAGAGGUCAUACAGCAAAUAUCUUCGGGUCCGGGAGUCGAACCUGCGUCGAGGACUGAAGACCUCCAAACAGGGGUCGUGCUAACCCCUACGCCACCACGGCACACCCAUUACAUUUGUUUUUUAGUGGCUUGAUGUUCUGCUACAAUUUUAAAGGUCAUGUUUUCAUUACCUGUAAAUGGGAAAUCAUCAUAUUUAAAAGAAAUAAAGGGUCUUGCAUAUUAA